GGGUGAGAGACAGAACGGCGGAGCGCAAGGGAACGCAGCUGAAUCUGUCGGCGAGUCGGCGGGGUGAGGGAAAAGCACCGGGCUUUUGAAAAAGUUUUAUCUUGCCGGCGCGCUCGGCCUUUCAGACGCUACCGAACACCGGUACGCUGUUGUACGGUCUUGCGUGUCCCGCGUUGUCGCUUCAGACCAGUUUGUACGUCCAAGUUUGCCCGUAGUAGCCGGUCCUCGCAGUGUGGUCCUCACAGUCGGCUCCGUGAAGGUCCAGAUCGAAGUGUCCUUGGAAGAAGGGGACCGGUCGCGCGAUUUCUUCCUCGUCAUGCGUUGACGAGAGGUUCCCUCGACGAACCCAGUGUACAUAGAGAAGAACACCGGUGGACACGCUGCUCAACUACGGGGCUAACAGGUCCACAUCCCAUCAUGAGGGAUUCUAGCUCGCUGAGGAGCUGCCUCUUGCUGCUGCUCGUCGCCAACGCCGCCCUCGUGCACGCAUCCGAGAACGACGAUCUGGUGUUCGACCAGGAUGGCAAACAGUCCAUCGGCGAGGCUCCGCUGAUAGAGUCACGCCAACAAGACUCCUUGUUUCAUAGGAUAAAGAGAGGGCUGUGGGAUUUUUUUGGCCCAUCCGAAUCGACAACUACCACUACCGAAGCUCCAGAAUCCGAAGACGACAACGCGGACAACGAGCUGAACAACGCUCCUCCAGUUCAAUCGGACGAGGACAAAGAGCCGCAAAGCUCGAAUUUGGAAAGGAUAACCCGAGAUAGCGCGGAAGAAUACGACGAAGAUGACGAGAACAACGAGGUUGGGAACGCGGCCGAGGGUCGAAGGGAGCCAGCCAAUUUUGGCAACACCGACGACGAAGACCUAGCCGGAUCUGGAGAAGUUGAAGGCAGCGCCACCGAGUUUGAUACGAAAGUUAAUUACGGUUCCAGAAGAGAAAGAAGGUUCUACAGAAUAACCUUGACCGUUGGAGAACCGUACAGGAGGGAAUACGCGGACAGAAGCAGCAGAGAGUACAAGGAACUCAGUGGCAAUCUGACGCAGCCGCUCGAGGAGUUGCUGAACCGUGACAUUCCCAACGAAAAUCACCACGUCAACGUUGUUAAAAUAUCGCCAACUUCUGACAGCUUUACGUCGCAAGUUACUCUAGACAUCGGCUCGACGUUAGCUGAUGAGACGGAGAUGCAGUACAUCAUCGAGAAACAGCUGCAGAUGCACUCGUUGGGCAACGUCCAAGUGCGUCCGGAUGGAUUUACCUUCAGAAUAUUCCAAGUAGGGUUUGAAGAGCUGGAAUGCGAUCAGUCAGCUGAGCUAACGUGUAGAGACGGUACAUGCGUUCCAUUGGAGCGGCGAUGCGAUGGAAUUGCCGACUGUAAGGAUAGUUCUGACGAAGAGGGCUGCUCCGAGAGUACAACGCAGCCGAGCAGGGAUUUCGCAAGAACCGAUCAUAACGAAAUUUUGGGAGCUGUACCAAAAGAAGACGAUGGAGAUAUAAACAGAGUUGAUUCGAUAUCUAGCAAAUGUCGCGCCGACGACACAAUUCGUUGUAGAGAUGGAAGUCGUUCUAUCUGCUCUGUACAGCAAUGUGACGGCGUGAAAGAUUGUGACGAUGGUGAUGAUGAAGAUGGUUGUCCCCAUCCAGGUUGCAGCCCCGGAGAAUUCGCCUGCGACGUGUCUAGGUGUAUCUUGGACUCGCAGCGAUGCAACUUCGUCCAGGAUUGCGACGACGGAAGCGAUGAACACGACUGCAACUAUCCUGCCUGCACCGCCUCGCAAUUCAAAUGCGGAAACGGUCAGUGUAUCGACAGCAACGACCGCUGUAAUAACGUCGAGGAUUGUUUAGACAGAUCGGACGAACUUAACUGCCCUUGCGGAGAGAACAAAUUCGAAUGCACCCCAGGCUAUUGCGUGGAUAAAUCGAAACGCUGUGACGGAUACCAGGAUUGUGGAAAUGGGAGGGAUGAGGAAAAUUGUCAGCACAUAACUCGAUGUCGAUCAGACGAGUUCGAGUGCUUAGACGGAAAUUGCGUGAGCCAGACCUCGAGAUGCGAUGGAAGAUCCGACUGUCGAGAUUUAUCUGAUGAAAUCAAUUGCACCGUGACCACAUGCAGCGGAGAUCAAUUCAGGUGUCUGGAUGGAACCUGCAUCAGUAUCGACAAAAGGUGCAAUCAGAACAUAGACUGUCGUAAUGGAGAGGACGAGAGCCAGUGUGGUUGCGGAGAGGCCCAGUUUCGCUGCACGGACGGACGGUGCAUCGGUUACGAGUUGCAGUGCAACGGGGUGGAGGAGUGCUCUGAUGGCUCUGACGAAAGGGACUGCGAUUUGGCCCCGUGCCCUUCUAUGGACUUCACCUGCAACGACGGCUCUUGCAUAUCGAAGAGCGCUGUUUGCGAUGGAUUCGACAACUGCCCCCGGGCAGAAGACGAGCUUCACUGCGAACGGGAAUGCACACCCACCCAGUUCAAAUGCGUCACCGGGAACAAGUGCAUCGAGGGUGUCUACAGGUGCGACGGCCACCCGGAUUGUCCGGAUCAGAGCGACGAAGAUUGCGCUAACGAAACCAUUACACACGCCACUCCACCUAUCAAGUGCCCCAACGGUGAGCGACCCUGCGACAACGGUGUGUGCAUCAACAAGAACUUCUUCUGCGAUAACAACAUCGAUUGCCACGAUGGUAGCGACGAGCGCGACUGCAACAACGUGGUGACACCACCAGCAGAAUGUCGUGCUGACGAGUUCACGUGUCGCGAUGGAACGUGUAUUCCGCAAUCCGCCGUCUGCGAUCGACGCCCAGAUUGCCCUCACGAAGACGACGAGGCGAACUGUCAUAAAGGUAGAACCACACUGGUGGGACUAACCCACGUGAACCAGGCUAGCAAGGAUUACAAUCCGGAUUAUCAGGCGCCAGCUAAUCUGAGCACUCCGAGGAGUUGUGCUCCGGAUGAUUUUGUUUGUGCUGAUGGCACUUGCAUCCCUGAAACUCACCACUGCGACCAUUUCUACGAUUGCCGCGACUUUACCGACGAACAGUAUUGCUUCGGCUGUGGCAGGGACCAGUUCCAGUGUGCGAAUGGAGAUUGCAUCAGAGCUGACCAACAGUGCAACAAUUUCAUAGACUGUGCUGAUGGAUCUGACGAAAAUUGUGAUCACAUCGUUUCCCUAAUGCCUGGCAGUUGUCCACACGGCUACGUCGCGUGCACCAGAGACAAAGAUUGUGUACCUCAGUCCUCUCUCUGCAAUGGGGUGCCAGAAUGCAGGGACAGAUCCGACGAAGAAAAUUGCUAUGGAGAAUCUCAUCGUCUCAACUUGAAGACUUAUCCAAGCGAGCAACUGAUCAAAGAAAACCCGCCGAAGCAAGGUCGUGAGGUCGUAUUCCAAUGCCGUGACGAAGGUGUUCUUCGAGCCAAAGUGCGCUGGCUACGAGGAAAUAAUCUGCCUCUGCCUCCUGGAAGUCGAGAUGUCAAUGGACGCUUAGAAAUACCAAAUAUCCAACUGGAACAUUCAGGGGUGUAUAUCUGCGAAGCUGUUGGCUAUCCUUCGUCCACGCCUGGUCAGCAAGUGAGCGUGUAUCUCACUGUAGAAAAGUUCGAGCCGCCACCAACCAACAAACCCCACGCAUGCCAAUACGACGAAGCCACCUGCAGCAAUGGUGAAUGUAUUCCCAAAUCAUACGUGUGCAAUGGCAGACUGGACUGUACCGAUGGUUCUGACGAGAUGCGUUGCAGUCCGCACGGUUGCGAGCCAAAUCAGUUCCGCUGCAACAACACAGAGUGUGUGAGCAAAGUGUGGCGCUGUGACGGUGACAAGGACUGCGCCGACGGCAGCGACGAAGAAGACUGUGCUCCAAACGCACCAGGCACCCCCUGUCGCUUCACAGAGUUUGCCUGUGGCAGCCACGAUCAAUGUAUACCCAAAAGCUAUCAUUGUGACUUGGAGAGGGACUGCAUAGACGGUAGUGACGAAGUAGGAUGCUCUCCAGUUUACAUAGUGAAACCACCUCCACCGAUGAUCAUCGUGUCACAAGGAACAACUUUAAUGAUAACCUGCACAGCGAUUGGCGUACCCACUCCCGAGAUCAGCUGGCGUCUCAACUGGGGCCACGUUCCUCCCAAAUGCUACAUGACAUCGAUAAACGGAACUGGAACUCUCUCAUGCCCUGACAUGCAACCAGAAAACCAAGGAUCCUACUCCUGCGAGGCACUGAACAGCGCUGGCUUCGUAAUUGCCAUUCCCGACGCCAUCGUGAUCGUGAACAAGACCGGACCGGAGAUCUGUCCCAAGGGAACGUUCAACUCUGAAGCUAGAACCGCAGACGAGUGCAUUUCCUGCUUCUGUUUCGGAGUCGCUACCCAAUGUCGCAGCGCCAACCUCUUCACUUAUCACAUUCCACCGCCUUUCGACCGCCAUAGUAUCGUAAGCGUGAAAACUCAACCGGAUCUGCAAAUUCUGAACGACAUCACCAGACAAGUGCAAGCUGUGAGAGGUAUAGGUCGAGAUGGAGUGCAGCUGUACGAUGCAAACCAACUGCCACUGGGUUCAAGAGAGGAACAGGAAGUUGCUUACUUCGUCAUGCCUGAGAACUAUCACGGAAAUCAGUUGAAAUCCUACGGUGGUUAUCUGAAGUACAGAGUAACCUAUAAUGGAACCGGCAUACCAAACACCGCGCCGUCGGUUAUUCUGAUUGGAAAUAAUUAUCGACUCUUGCAUAAAGGAAAGCAGAUAAUAACGGGUUACGAUAACGAAGAGGCUGUCAGGUUCUUCGAUGGCGAAUGGUACAAGCAACAAGGAUGGGCUGAGGUUCCUGCCACCAGGGAAGAUAUCAUGAUGACACUGGAGAACGUGGACAAUAUCUUGAUCAAAGUACAGUAUGACGAUUCUCCGUACUUGGAUAUCCGGCUCACUAACAUAGUGAUGGACACAGCUGAUGUAAGGAAUACUGGACUCGGAUCGGCCUCUUAUGUGGAAGAAUGUGAAUGCCCUAUAGGAUACAGUGGCCUGUCGUGCGAGCAAUGUGCUCCAGGAUACGAAAGACGAGAAUCUGGUCCUUGGCUUGGUCAAUGUUACUUAGCCGCGCCUCCUGGUUGCCCUUUGGGAUAUUAUGGAGAUCCUGCGAGGAAUAUUCCUUGCCAAAUGUGCCCCUGUCCACUCACCAAUCCAUCCAAUCAGUUUGCACGCACUUGUCACCUUGGAUCUGAUGGUCAGCCGACCUGUGAUUGUCCAGCAGGAUACAUAGGUCGUAGAUGCGAACAGUGCAACGUUGGAUACCGAGGAAAUCCACUUAUUCCAGGAGACAUGUGUGUUCCCGAAUCUUCUUGUGACCCUGAUGGUAGUCUCAGUACGAUCGCGGAUCCUAACACCGGCAGGUGCCGAUGCAAGCAAUACGUGACGGGUCUUACUUGCAAUCAAUGUAAGGCGAACACGUUCAAUUUGGCAUCGAAAAAUCAAUUUGGCUGCAUCAGCUGCUUUUGCAUGGGCAUUACUGACAAAUGCGUCUCCUCCAACUGGUACAGAAACGACAUUCGAGUUUCAUUUACCAAUUCUGUCAGGGACUUCUCUCUCAUCGAGUCUAGAACACCAGAUAGUCUACCAAUCACAGACGGUAUUCGUUUGGACACAGUCAGCCGCGAAAUCAUCUACAACGAAUUCCCUAACCGUGGGAACAACGAUGUUUACUACUGGCAGCUGCCUAGCAUUUUCCUAGGCGAUCAAGUUACCUCCUAUGGUGGCAACCUCAAGUAUACUGUUCGCUAUGUUCCGUCUCCAGGUGGUCAAAGCUCGAAAAACAACGCUGCUGACGUCGAGUUGAUCAGCGCCAACGAUAUCAACUUGCUGUACUUCUCCAAAGAGUCUCCCGAGCCAAAUACUCCCCAGACUUUCGUCGUACCUCUGUUAGAACAAUAUUGGCAACGCAACGAUGGAACACAGGCUGACAGAGAACACUUGCUAAUGGCCCUGGCUGACAUUCGCGCGAUUAGGAUUAAAGCCACAUAUACCACCCACACCGACGAGGCUGCUUUGUCGUUGGUAUCCCUGGAUACAGCUGAAAAGUACAACACAGGUCGAGCAAGAGCCGUAGAGGUGGAGGAAUGUUCUUGUCCAGUGGGUUACAAGGGACUAUCUUGCGAGGACUGCGAUGUUGGAUACACUAGAGGUGGCGAAGGUCUCUAUCUGGGUACGUGCGAGCCUUGCUACUGCAAUGGUCAUUCCAACCAAUGUAAUCCUGACACGGGAGUAUGCGAGAACUGUGCUCACCAUACCACUGGCGACUUGUGCGAGUUCUGUGAAUCAGGAUACACGGGUGACGCGACUCGAGGAACUCCUUACGAUUGCACAGGUCGCGAGGUAAACCAUACUGAUUGCAACGAAAUGGGUUCGCGCAGCAGCUUGUACAUUGGUGAUAGAUGCGAUUGUAAACGAAACGUCGAGGGACGGCAGUGUAACAGGUGUCGUCCAGCUACAUUUGGACUGUCCGCAGAAAAUCCGGAUGGGUGUAGCGAGUGUUACUGCAGUGGACUGACCGAUCAAUGUCACGAGAGUUCCUUAUACGUUCAGCAGAUUCCCAUGUGGGUAUACGACAACCAACACGGAUUUACUCUAACCGAUUCGACGAGACAGGAAAUCAUCGACCACCGUGAUUUCGAAUUGAACUUGGCUACGAACGAAAUAGGGUAUCGUUAUCCGGAUAGCAGACGACGCAGCUUGUUGUGGUCCCUGCCGCCCAUUUUCACUGGCAACAAGGUUAAAAGCUACGGAGGAAGUCUGACUUUGACUCAACAUAUCACUGCCAUUCCUGGGGCUCAGAGUUACAAGGAUCAAGAUAUUAUCUUGAUUGGAAAUGGGAUCACGUUGUUCUGGACGAAUCCUAUUGACAUCCAGCCUGACGUUCCAUUGACUUACUCGGUGCCAUUCAGGGAAUCAGAGUGGAAGCGUUUGACCACCGAGGGGCCUCGAGUCAGCUCCAGGACCGAUCUGAUGACUGUACUCUCUAACUUGGAGGCGAUUUUGGUUCGUGCAACCCACAGCGAAGGAAUGAGAGCCACCUACAUUAGCGACAUAAGCCUGGACACAGCCGUGGAGCACCCAACUGGCAACAGAAGAGCUGUCCAAGUGGAAGUUUGUCGCUGCCCGACCGGAUACGUUGGAACAUCCUGCGAGUCUUGCGCAACAGGUUACUACAGAGACACUAGCGACCGAUCCGUCAGCUACCUGGGCUCCUGCAUCCUAUGUCCUUGCAACAACAACGAGGAAAGCUGCGAGAUGACGCACACCGGCCACGUGAAGUGUCACUGCAAGCCAGGAUUUGUGGGCCAGUAUUGUCAAUACACUGAUGGGCUGAUGGUAAGUCUAACGCCAGUGACGAGCGUGUUAAAGGCAAAUUCGUGGGUUCUGUUCACGUGCAGUUACAAGUCCCCACACCCAUUUUAUAUCUAUUUCUCAAUGACUCCGUGCGACGGCUGGCCACUAACUUCGUCCAGCAUGCCACCAGGGCCCAUUGAAAGAACUACUAAUGGAUCGUGGAGGAGCUGGUACGUUUACGUCCAGCAGAAUCCUUUCAAUGUAAUAUGCUGCAUCGUGGACGAUCAUGGAACGGAACUGAUCAAAGUUAUAACGACGGUCACGCCAGAAGGCACAAUAUCGACCACCACGACAAGUCGUCCACCCUUAAAUCCACCAAAGAUUGUGGUUUAUAUCAGAGAACCCGAGUUCCAGAUCGUUGAAGCUGGAGGUACUGUUAGGUACCAUUGCUUUGAAAGAACGGACAAUGGAUCUUUGCACAUCAGAUGGGAAAAAGAAGGUGACGAAUUACCAAUAGGAAGAAGCAUAGACGACAAGCGUGGCUUAUUGAUCAUUCGAGACUUGAAAGUGUCUGAUAGCGGCAUUUACAUUUGUCAAAUCAGCGAUGGAGUACAUAUUGGUUACAAGAACGUCACUCUCACUGUUGGAGCUUUCCCGCGAAGUUUGCUGGACAUUCCAGUUCCACCAAGGGUUAUCGUCGAGCCAUCAUCUUUACAAGUAAUGGAAGGAGAACCAGCGGAAUUCCGGUGCGAGGCAACUGGGAAUCCCCCGCCACGAGUCGAAUGGAUUCGUGUCUAUGGUCCCAUGAGCCCGGGUGUAGUGGUCAACAAUGGAAUUUUGCUCCUUAGAUCUGCUUCAAGGUACGAUGCCGCCGAAUAUAAAUGCGUGGCAAGGAAUAACGUUGGCGUGGACGAGAGAACUGUCAUUCUUCAUGUUGAAGGAAAAUCCACUCAACCCAUAAUACCACCAACCAUCACCCCGUCACAAUGGUUCGGCCAACCUGGAGAAACGAUCGUGAUAACGUGCGUGACAUCUUUAAUAACGAAUCUUACCUGGUCUAGAGAAAGAAACCCACUACCUCACACAGCCAGCCAACGUGAUGGUGUCUUAACAAUUGUAAAUCCUACCCCUUAUGACUCCGGUAUCUACGUCUGUACGUCGACCAGCUACAUAGGAAUGACUAACAGCACUAUCAACAUAACAGUAACAUCUAGAACACCAGCGCCGUUUGUCAAGGUGACGCCUGAGAAACAGACCGUUCCUCAAGGCAACAUAGCUGAAAUAAGGUGUCUAACAAGCAGAGAACCCGGUGAACAUUUGACGUGGAGCAAAUAUCUUCAACCGCUAAGCUCUAAUGUACGACAAGUAGGAGACACUUUGAGAAUUGUCGACAUCCAAAUUGCUGACAGGGGUAUAUACGUGUGUCGAGUUACUGGACCAAGUGGAACUCACGAAGCUAGCGCCAUGAUCGAGGUCGAACGCAGGGAACCUCCAUUGGUAGAGAUCUAUCCCAAGAAUGUCCCCCCAGUUACUCUGGAUGGGUCCACGGAUCUCCAAUGUCGAGCAACUGGAAUCCCCAUGCCAGAGUUACAUUGGUCUCACGAAUCUGGUCGACCGUUGCCCCAUAAUAUUAAACAACUUCCUGGUGGUGUUCUGAGACUAACCAACAUCACAGCCAGCGAUGGUGGGUCGUACGUCUGUACCGCUAUCAAUCCCGCCGGAACGAAUUCAGCCAUGGUAUACAUAGAAGUACAAUCCAUGCCUGUCAUCAGUAUAUCGCCCCAAUCUGGAAUGCUGCACGUGAGACCUGGGGAUAGGGUACGACUACUAUGCAGCGCAAAUGGAUUUCCGGAACCUUCAGUUACUUGGAGCAGACAUCCGAACGUAGUAUCACUUACAACCAAUGAAUUGGCAGCCCCUCAUCAGGCCGUUUAUGAAAUACACUCCGCUUCUUCGAGUGACGAAGGUUCAUACAUCUGCCAUGCAAGUAGCAGAGUAGGAACUACUGAGGAACGAGUCUAUAUCAGAGUAGAGGAUAUAAAUGACGGAAAUGAUAACGCUAUACGAACGGACUACCUCAGGAUCCCCGAUGGCGGCAAGGUGGAAAUGCGUUGCCAUGUGCAAGAUUCCGAUGGACACAGAAUUUAUCUGGAUUGGAGAAGGGCGGACGAUAGACCACUGCCAGCUGGUAAUUCCGUUGACAAUGGUGUACUGAUCAUCCCUGUCGUGGAUAAAAGCGCCGCAGGAGAGUACGUUUGCACUGGGAGAGACCUAACUGGAAAUGUUCUCUUCAGAGCCACAUCUGUCCUUGAAGUAUUAUCCCCACCAAGGAUUGUGUUAAUCCCACCAAGACAAACAGUCCGAUCCGGAGAAAAUCCAUCAAUCGAAUGUCGUACCACUGGUGACGAACCAAUGAACAUAGAAUGGGAUGCCAUAGGGCGUAGCUUACCUCAUUCGGUGACACACCAUCGUGGACUUCUCCAGUUCCAUGGAAUCACUUAUUCUGAUGCGGGAAAAUAUGUUUGUAAAGCUACCAAUGAAGCAGGAACCGCUGAAGCUGUUGCUGAAGUUCUAGUGAAUCAAAAUCCUUACGAAAACACAGAAGUCAGACAUCUCGAAAGAGACAUGGUUACAUAUGUGGGACAACCUGUGCGUUUACGAUGCAUGGUCAGCGAUAGAGCUACAAUACACUGGUCCAGGGAAGGACUGCCAUUGCCACCUAAUGCUAGAAUCAAAGACGAUUAUUUGGAUCUACCUAGAGUAAGACUGGAAGACAGUGGAAGGUACAUCUGCCAGACCCAAACCUCUCAUGGGGUUUCCAGUGAUUAUGUUAAUUUAAAUGUCUCACUACUUAAUUUGCGUACGGAUUGCACGCGUGUGAACCCAAUGCAGUGCAGGGAAAGCAGUUGCGUCUGCAGCGUUCAAGGAUGCUUUCUGUUGGAUUACUAUUGCAAUGUGAAUGCUAUCUUCUAUCCUGAUAACCGCUACUACUUCAACAGCAAACGGUGGAUUCCCCACUAUCUUCAACAACUAGGCGCUACUACAAUACCUGCUGUCAGUGUGGAAGUCUCUCAGGAUCCAGUGAACAUUGGGGAUAACAUUGACAUACGUUGUGCAUGCUCUGGAACUCAUAAUCCACGUUACUACUGGUCCAGACCUAACCAUUCUAGUCUGCCACAAAAUGCUCAAGUGCAUGGAAACACUUUAAGAUUGUCUAACGUGACUGUCAGUGACAGUGGACUGUACAGAUGCACUGCAGACACUCCUGAUGGUACCUUCGAGCAGGACUUCAAUCUUGUUGUCCAUGGUGGAAACAACGAUGCUCCAGCAAUUGAAACCAAGCUUGCUCCUUAUGGCUCCAGUCUAGAAAUGGAUUGUCGUCCUAGCAUCGAUCCACCACUGACGUUCUCUUGGAGCAAACUAGGAGGUAUUUUGCAACCUGACGCUCAAGUGUUUGAGAGCAAAUUGAAGCUAACCAACGUCAAGGCAGAGGAUGCAGGCACGUACAUCUGCACUGUGAACAACGAUCAUGAAAAUAUAGAAAUACCGACUAUGCUUGUCGUAACUGGAGUAGUUCCAUACUUCAGUCAGGCACCUCAAAGUUUCAUCGCUUUACCUCCACUAGCUGACUCAUAUCUGAAAUUCAACAUAGAGAUCUCAUUCAAACCACAGAGCUAUGAUGGUAUAAUCCUGUACAAUGAUGAAUCCAACCGUGGAAAUGGAGACUUUAUUAUGUUGUCACUGGUUAGAGGCUACCCACAAUUUAGCUUUGAUCUUGGUUCUGGACCAACUAUGAUUCGGGCAGAAAAGCCUGUAACACUUGGAGAGUGGCACACUAUAAAACUCCAACGUCACAGAAAGGAGGGAACCAUGUUAGUCGAUGGUGAAGGCCCUUACAAAGGUAUCGCAGAUGGCAGAAAACAAGGAUUGGAUAUGAAAUCAUUAUUGUUUGUGGGUGGAGUCCACAGUGGUACCAUAAUUACCAAAUAUGCAGAGAUCAACAGUGGUUUCGUUGGCUGUAUCAGUAGAUUGGUAAUUGGAGAAAAGGAAGUUGAUCUGAUUGGUGAUCAGACAGAUAGCUCUGGGAUCACUAACUGUGAAACUUGUGCUGAAAAUCCUUGUAACAAUGGUGGUGUAUGUCAAGAAGCUGCUACAAAGAAUGGAUACAUUUGUCUGUGUCGUGCUGACUACAGUGGCAAGCACUGUGACUAUGUUGGACAGCCUUGUUAUCCAGGUGCAUGUGGUGAAGGCGAUUGCAUAAACAAGGAAACGGGCUUCGAAUGCUAUUGUCCUUACGGAACAACCGGUGCUCGUUGCGAGAAUACGAUGAAGGUCUAUGAACCAGCCUUCCAUGACGAUAAAUCCUAUAUAGCACACGAUACACCUAAAGCUCUUAGACGAUUGAAAGUAGCAAUGAACUUCAAUCCUCUGGACAAUCAAGAUGGCAUACUGAUGUAUUGUGCUCAAAGUGAAGAGGGACUUGGAGACUUCGUUGCGUUGGUAGUCAAGGAUGAACGUGUCGAGUUUCGAUACGACAUUGGUUCUGGCCUGGCGAUCAUUAGAUCAAACCAUGUUCUUCAACCUGGUGUAUGGACACAUGUCUCCAUCAACAGGGACUUCAAGGAGGGGAAUUUGACUAUAAAUGGAGAACCUACAAUAGGAGGCAAGUCUCCCGGGACUGCUCGCACCAUGACGCUUAAUACACUACUCUAUAUUGGAGGCGUUGAUCGCAGAAGAAUUAUAGUGAACAGAAAUGCCGGCGUAGAUAGGACUUUUCGUGGUUGCAUCAGUGAUCUUGGAGUGUCUUCGAUGAAUGUAGACAUACUAAAGUCUGCUUUGGAUUCAGUAAACAUAGAUGACUGCAAUGUUCUACAUCCUAAUCAAACCAAGUUGACUACUGCAAUCACUAUUCCACCAUCCACUACGACUCCCUAUGAUCCGUGUGCCUCCAAUCCUUGCAUUCAUGGAAUGUGUCAGAAUACUGAUUCGUACGACUAUUCAUGCACCUGUGAAUACGGCUACGUGGGAAGAAACUGUGAGAACAUUUUGAAGCAAUGUGAACUGUUGCUUCCCUGUAGAAAUGGAGGCACCUGUACAGACCUCCAUGGGUCCUACAAAUGCGAUUGUCGCUUAGGCUACAAUGGACAGAAUUGUGAAAAGUUGGCGGAGGUAACUUACGAUGUUGCAUUCAGAGGGGAUGGUUGGUUAGAGUUAGAUAAGUCUGUAAUGGCCCAUGAAGAAGAACGUGAAGUGUUAGGUUUUGAAAUUUCAACGAACAAGACCAAAGGACUGAUCAUGUGGCAUGGGCAGACGCCAAAUGAUCUUAAUCUUGAUCACUACAUGGCUCUUGCUGUGGUUGAUGGUUAUGUAGAGUAUCAAUACAACUUGGGUACAGGACCAGUAGUGAUUCGUGUCACUGCACAGAAGGUAGAUGAUGGAGAACGACACAGAAUAAUCUUAAAGCGCCAGGGAAGUGAUGGAAGCAUAGAAUUAAAUGGAGAACACAUGGAGAGCAGUGCUAGCUAUGGAACACAGCAAGAUUUGAAUGCUAGAGGCAGCGUGUACUUAGGUGGAGUGCCAGACUAUGCUAUGACUUAUGGAAAAUAUCAAGAAGGAUUUUCUGGUUGCAUUUACACCAUGGAGGUGCAAGAUUCUGGGGCCAUAGACAUUGGAGAAAAAUCUAUAAGGGGAAAGAACGUUUCACCAUGCACUAGAGCAAGAUGGAUACCCUCUUCCUUAGUAUUUACCAACGCGGAUACGGACAUCUUCGACGCGUUUGUUCCUCCACCUCCUGUCAAUAUAAUCCACCCUAAACCAGCGGCAAAUUUGGCUGCGUACAGUAUCAAAAAUUACUCAUUGUUAAUCCUACUUCAAAAUCUGCUCGCCUUCACCAUGGAUAUCCGAGAGCAGAGCGUGCUUUUCACAGUAUUAUGCAUAGACACUAUAAAUGCGAUGAAAUGUAUAUUGAGUUAAGUGUUGUUUAAUUGGAUUAGGUCUUGUUUAAGUGAAUACGUGUCCUUUCAACAAUGAUUUAAUAAUGAAGAAACACGUAUUCUCUGGUAACUUAUGGAAUUAAUCCAAUUUGUAAAUUGUUUAACGCUUCGUUAACAUUGGGGACAAGUUAUUUGGACGAUAGACUUCCAACAAGAGGCGACCUUGGAAAGAUAUGGAAGUGGUUUAUUUAAGUGAAGGGACAAUUAUAUUAUUCAGUUUGUAAAGCCUACCACGGCAAAUGAUAUAUGUAUAAGCAGUUUUAUAUCUGUACGUGUACAGAAUAUGUUUCUGACAACAUUUUAUAACCGAAUUAACUACAUUUUAUACAGUUCUUUGUUUUUAUAAAGUA